AUGAAAAGUUUUUGUAGUAAUUCUGGUUUUCAAGAAAAAGCUCUUAAAUCAGUCAAAACGGAAAUUAUCAAACGGCAGCCUACAACACUAUCUACUACAUGUACAACUAUUACUUCAUCAUCUGUUCAUACAAAUUCACUUGAUUCUCAAUCAACAAUAUCAAAAGAUUCUCUUUCAUACUGUUUUGAUAUGCCACAAAAUUCCUUAACAUUGUCAACCACCCCGUAUGAAUUAGAUGAAUGUAUGCCAUCGAAUGUCUUAUUCAAUGGACAUGAUAAUGUUUUAUAA